ACGACUUUACCCGCCGGACCAGGUCAGAGCAAGAAGCAUUACAGCCUAACAUAGGAUCUCUCAGAAAGGUGAAAGCUACUCUCUUUAUAGAUUUCGUCUGGUAAAGAUAAAGUAUGUGUGGACUAAACAUGCAUAUCUUUAGUUUUGUGUAGCGGCUUAACGGUAUCGAGGUAUUUAAGGGUUUUACCCUCUCAAACGGGAGCUAAUCGAGGUUUGCUAACCUCAGCCGACCUGCUCUAGUUUUCCUAAACUUUAUGUGUUUCUGAACUAAAAUGUAAAAAAUGACAGAAGUUUGGUGCAUUAUAUCGUAAGCAGAACUCUGUCCUAGAAAUAUGCGCGCAAUACUGAUGCUAAAAACGGACCGUAGCGAAGGUCAGUAAUUCUGCUAUUUCCACAAGUCAUGAAGGAGAUUUUGAGGAAGGUGCAUAGCAUCUUCCUAAAGGUCGUCUUGUUCCCGAGGUCGUUUGGCAGGACAGGUCCACGGCCUCCUGCCUCUGAGGUGUUAACCUGCCACCUGCUGCAGCGCAGACUCCCUCCGUGGACUUCAUACUGUGUCCCUUACAGCUCCGUCCACAAUGACCAGUUUGGACUGUCCAACUUUAACUGGAGAGUUCAGGGAUCCAACUACCAGAUACUGAGAACAGGCUGCUUCCCCUUUAUAAAGUACCACUGCACCAAAGCACCUGCACAGAACCUGGACUUUGAAGACAAGUUUUUCACCAUGCUGAAAGUUAUCAAUCUGGGUAUCCCUUGCUUGGCCUAUGGUAUUGGGUGCUGGAUGGUGAUAGGAGCUACAGAAACGAUACAGACAAGUGCUGGACCUGUCACCAUCUAUUUUGCCUACAAAGAAGAAGAAGGUGCACAGUACUGAAAUAAAAAAAGAGCUACUUUAAACGUGUUUCUGAGAGAUCAUUGUUCACCACGCUGCUGCGUCUGCAGCUCAUCCCUUGGUUAAGUCUUGCAGGACCUGUUGAAAGACGCCCUCCCAUGUCACCGGUGCUCUUUUCUGAAGAGGUUGAUUCGUGGUAAAUUAUUAAAGAUUUACAGUUGCACUGGAGGACUCAGCUAUGCAUGUUAUUACACUGACAUACAAUACUUAGCGUUUAUUCGGAAACCUGACGUUCCAUUAAUGUUUAAUGGAAAGUUUAGGAUUUCUCCAAGAAUGGACUGAUUGCUUCGCUGACUUUAAAUGGGUUUGUACACUUGUGCGUUGUUAAAGGAUAUGUUCGCAACAAAUAUUAAAGUAUACGAAAUGGCGGAAAGGAGAGGAUAUUUGUGCUUGAACUUCAGCCAGCUUUCUCGAGAUCUUGAGACACGAUUUAAAUAGAAAUAGGACAGAUACAAUUUCUUUGUAUGCUCAAUAUCAAUAAAAUAAAGCGGUUUGAUUUA